UUCACCAUGAGGCUCUUGAUAACUGUAUUACUGUUUGUUACUACAUGUACAGCUAUACCCGAUGGGUAUAGAGCACCAGGAGGAGGAUUCUCUGGCGGAGGAGGAUUCUCUGGCGGAGGAGGAUUCUCUGGUGGGGGAGGAUUCUCUGGCGGAAGUGUAAUUUCGGCUGGAGGAGGAGGUUUCUCUAGUGGAGGAGGAGGAGGAUUCUCUGGUGGAAAUGUAAUCACUGGUGGAGGAGGAGGCUUCUCUAGUGGAGGAGGAGGAUUUAGUAGUGGAGGAUUCUCUGGCGGAAGUGUAAUCUCUGGUGGAGGAGGAGGCUUCUCUAGUGGAGGAGGAGGAUUUUCCAGUGGGGGAUUCUCAAGUGGAGGAGGAUUUUCCAGUGGAGGAUUUUCUAGCGGUGGAGGAUUCUCUGGUGGAGGUGGAUUCGCAAGUGGAGGAGGAUUUUCUAGCGGCGGCGGAUCUGGCAGAGGAUGCGGUCCUGGAACGGUCCUACAUGUGGACGGGUCCUGUGUCUCCCCAGUAGUAUCAAGAAAAGUGUACGUCUACGACGCCCCUGCACACCCGUCCGUUCCAAGUGGUCCACCACCAAGGGUUCCACCGCCGAGGGUUGAUCACAAUAUCCUGUUUGUUCGUCUUCCGGAAGGAGGCGCAGGACCUGAGCCUAUUAUUAUCCCACCACCAAGGCAAGAGAAUAUCGUGUACGUCCUUAAUAAGGCCAGUGGAGCAGGAGGACAAGAAGUCAUCGAAAUACCAGCCCCUCCUGCUUCUAGUCCAGAAGUAUUCUUCGUCAACUAUGCAGAAGGAGAAAAUCCUCAACUCCCUAGCGGUGUGGACCUCCAGACAGCUCUACAAGCAGCUUCCAGUGGAGGAGGACAAGUCAUCGGUGGUGGUUCAGGAGGGGGAGGAUUUGGAGGCGCUGGAGGACUGGGUGGCGGAGGAGGAUUGGGAGGUGGUUUUGGCAGUAGUGGAGGAUUGGGAGGUGGCUUUGGCAGCAGUGGAGCAGCCGGAGGAGGAUUUGUUGGAAGUACGGGAGGUGGAGGCUUUGGCGGUGGGGUAGGACAAGCAGGAGGAGGAUUCGUAGGUGGCAGCGGAGAAAUUGGAAUCAGCGUUGGCUCCGGUAGUGGCCACGUUAGCGCACCGUCAAACACGUAUGGUGCUCCCUAAGGCAGUUGUUAAAAGAAGGGCAGCCCUGUUAAGGCAUCAGAGAACAGAUAACUCAAAUGGAAAGCAAAAGAUUGAAUCCUUGUUUUUGUUGAUAUCGUUGUUGUUAAAUCGUCUAAUUAUGUGAAUAAAAUUAAACUAAA